CAGAUGCACAAACAGGUGGCGGCAAGAUCUCUCUCCUGUCUCCUGGAAACGCCAGGCUUGCAUUGGAUUGUGCAAUGGCGGCAUCAUAGGCUGACAUAGCACCAGCAGACUUGCGCCCAAGCCUACCGUCCCUUGUUUUCAACCUAUUUCAGCUCAGCAUGGACAUAGAGGCAUUCCCGACACGUGGCCAUUGGAUGGCCUAGCUGCAGGAAGCUUUGCGUGAAGGUCCCCGCAUGUCCAUUUUAGUGGCUCAACACCUUGUUGCAGGGGAAGAGCAGCUCUUAGCAUUCUGCGUGGGGCUUUCGUCCCUGUGCCGCGGUCCGCCUCCUCUGCUCCACUGAGCGUCUGCCAUGGUGAAGGAGACGGAGUUCUACGAGCGGCUGGGAGUGCCCCCCGAUGCCAGUGCAGGGGACAUCAAGAAGGCGUACUACUUGCAGGCGCGCAAGGUGCACCCGGACAAGAACCCCAGCCCCGAUGCCGCCCGGCAGUUCCAGGCUCUCGGGGAGGCGUACCAGGUGUUGUCGGACCCGCAGCAGCGUACCGCAUAUGACAAGUAUGGCAAGACCAGCGUACAAGAGGAGGGGCUCAUGGAUCCGGGCGUCCUGUUUGGGAUGCUGUUUGGGAGCGACCUGUUUGCGGAGUACACGGGCCAGCUCGCCAUGGCCAGCGUGGCCGCCCUCUACGCAGAGGGCGCCAGCACCCACCAGCAGGUGGACCAGGCCGCGCUGCGCAAGAAACUGCAGGCGGUGCAGGUGGAGCGCGAGCACGCGCUGGCCAGCCUCCUGGUGGGCAAGCUGGCGCUGUACGUGCAGGGCGACCGCGACGGCUUCACCGCGUGGGCCACCGCAGAGGCAGCCAGGCUCGCGGAUGCCACAUUUGGGGAGGCAUUCUUGCAUACGAUUGGCUACAUCUACGAGCGGCGGGCGGCAGCCUUCCUUGGGAAGCGGUGGGGCCUGCCGUUUGCCGCAGAGUGGGUGCGCGCCAAGGGCCAUGGCUUCAGGACACAAGUCUCCGCCGCAGCAGGCGCGGUGAGCCUGGUGUCGAUGCAGGAGGACUUGAAGCGGCAGCUGCGCAGCGGGGACGUGAGCGAGGAGGCGGUGGCGGCGUUCCUGGCGCAGAAGACGCCGGUGCUGACGGAGGCGCUGUGGCGGCAGAACGUGGUGGACAUCGAGGCGACCGUGAGCGCGGUGGUGGCCGCCGUGCUGUACGAGCCAGGCAUCGCCAAGGACGUGGCAGCGCAGCGUGCCAAGGCGCUCAAGAAGCUGGGCGUCAUCUUCCAGGGGGCCAAGUCCAAAUAUCAGCGGGCCAGCAGUCUUCGGCAGGAAUCUACCGGGGAAGGGGCGGAGCGGCCAGGGCCGUCUGCCGCAUUUGCCGGGUUCAAUGCAAAGCCGGGGAGCUUCCCUGGGGGCCAAGCGGGCACCCCACCCCCCAGCCCUCAAGGGCCGUUCCACAUGCCGCCGUUUGGCAGCCCCACGCCACCGCCGUCCCCUCAGGGAGGGGCGCCCCGCUUUGCGCAGGGGCAAGCCUUCCCGUCCGCUUAUGGGUCCAGCUUUGGGAGCAGGGCCUACCCGGACGGAGGCAGCCCGGGGGCAUUCCCCAAGCCCGCGGCGCCCCCUGGAUACUCACAAUCACCCUUGGGGCCGCGGCCAUCAGGGGCAUCGUAAGGAGGGGGCGAACGGAGGGGAGGCACACAGUGGGGCCCGUGCAGUGAAAUUGCUUCCUUGAAACACGUGUUCGCUUUGAACUGCCUAGACUGUACAGGAUGACAUCUAGCUCAAGUUUACAAUUGGGACAUAUCAGAUUGUGGAUAGCAACAGGUACGGACUUAUCAUUUGUAGCUAAUUGACUGCUUUAAUUUGCGGCUAACCAAUAUAUAGAAUCUAAGAUCGACUGCGUGGGCUUAAUGCGCUCGACCUGCCUAGUGCACUAACGGUCGGAGGUUUCAAAACAGCAUGUGGUAGUACUACGAUUCCAUCAACAUAAUUCGCCGUUCGACGCAGAAUAACUAGUGUGCA